GCCGCGGGCUGCGGUCCCUCUGCGGCGGCUGCUGCUCCGGUGCGCCCGCGGCUCCCCCGCUGCCUGGGUGGCCGGCCCGCCGGCGCCCGCCCUCUCCCCCGCACGGAGCGGCGGGGACCCCUGGUCUCGGACCCGGCGCCAUCGGUUAAUCUUUAACUAAAACCAAGUCUGUCAAGUAAAGGGCUUUCACGAAGAAAUGAAAGAGAAAUUACAAGAACUAGAGAAACUAAGCAUUUGCCUACUGGAGAAACCACCUCAAACAACUGUGUGGAAUUGGAAGAAAGGAGUGAACACACCUGGGAGAAAUUCUGCUGAGUGUGACCCUUUUGCCCAGCUUCUUGUCGUAAUCGGCUGCUAAGGAAGAGAGACUAUCCUUUUCGAGAGAGUGUGUUGUAAAAAUGGAGACCCCAGUUUCUGACAUUCAAGUAGAGAGCAAGGAUGAGACGGGAUCAGCAGAAGUGAGAGCUCGGGAUGAGAGGCAGGAGGAAAAGGCAUCGAUGCUUUGCUUCAAGAGAAGAAAGAAAUCUGCCAAAGCCACGAAGCCCAAAGCCGGCCCUGGAGCCGUGGACGCGGCCAGGGAGUACGGUUCAGGAGCUGGAGCUUCUGAGCAGCCACAGCCCCCGGCGGGGGCCUGGGCCUCAAUAAAACGUCUAGUGACGCGCAGGAAAAGGUCAGGCUCUUCCAAGCUGCAGAAGCCCUCCGAGGCCAACGUGCAACCUGAAGUCAGCGCCGAGGAUGCUGAUCUUCCUAAGAAAAAGGCAAAAUCCAGACUGAGGAUUCCCUGCAUAAAAUUCUCCAAGGGGGAGAAAAGACAUCAUUCCGAAAUCAUAGAAGAUGCAGACUGCAGCGUCCAAGUUCAGGUAGAGGCAGAAAGGAUGGAUACAAAAACCCCAACCCAAUCGGAUGAAGACCAGGCAACAAAGACCCAGCUGACCCAGGAAGUGAGUGGAGCGGUCUCACAGGUCGGGGGUGAUGAGGUCUGCGAGUCAAAUGUGAGCAACAGCGGAACUUCUCCUGGAGAGAAUGUGAUUUCGGUAGAACUUGGGUUAGAAAAGGGGCAUUCUGCUAUUCACACAGGAACUCUAAUCCUUGAACAAGACAUUGAAACAACGGAGGAAAAGCCGAGUAUCCAGCCCCAGCAGACAAGCCCACCGGAAACUUCAGAAACAGAACAUCAGCCACCGGUGGUUUCUGAUGCUCCCCUCUCACCUGCAUCCCCAGAUCAGCAAAUCGCGGAAGAAGCCAGAAACCGUGUCCUGGAAAGUGAGCCAAACGGGAAAGACCAGGAAAGUGGAGAGAUUGUAGCUGAGGAGAUGAAGCCAAAAGAUGAUGCGUUGAGCCAGGAACCCGAUGUUAAAGAAACCGAGGUCAGUGCAGAGAAACCCAAGCCGGAAGAAAACAAAAGAAUGGAGCCCAUUGCUAUUAUUAUUACAGACACUGAGAUUAGUGAAUUUGAUGUGAAGAAAUCGAAAAAUGUCCCCAAGCAAUUCUUAAUUUCGAUUGAAAAUGAGGAAGUAGGGGGUUUUGAGGGGAGAACUUCAGAACAAUAUGAGUCACUCUUAAUGGAAACAGCCUCCUCUCUUGUCAAGCACGCUAUCCAGUUGUCCAUAGAACAGCUGGUUAAUGAAAUGGCCUCUGGGGAUAACACAAUCAACAGUCUUCUACAGUGACUCCAUUCCCAGAUCAUGGGAGGGGGGAAACAUUUCACAAUGAGUUAUUUUACGUAAUCGUGGCAUUUCUUCUUCGUUAACCAAUGAGAGAUUUUCAUCUGGGGACUCUAAAGGCACAACGUCAGCCCAGAAGUGUUGAAGAAUGAAUCCAGUCUAUGAAACUCCGCCUACCACUAAAACGCAGCUAGCUACUUCUGGAUGGAGGAUGUCAGUGCAGACCACAAUAGCCAAGUGGCAUAAAAGGAGUUGCUGAGAUGGCAGGUGAAGAUGUAUUCACUGAGCACUUAUAAGAUGGCAUCAUCUCUUUUUGGUCCUCUCAUGUCACAGAGCCUGGUUUCCUUCUGAUAGUUCAACUCUGUGUACAGGUUAACAUGACAUUCCGUUUUCAGAACCUUUUUGUUACAGUGCACAUUUAUCUUGUUUAAAAUGGUGAGUAAGGUGAGCUCUUUUUUUGGUGUGAAUGUGUUAUUUAUAUUGUUAGACUCUAGGCAGUAGUCUUACCUUCAAAAACAUUGCAUUUUCCCAAUUUCAGCGGAAUGUGCAGAAUAUGCAUAGUCAAACUUGAAACGUGGAUGGUCUCUAGUCUUGCUCAAGUCCCUCACAAAAGCCAUUCACGAAUGUAUCCAACAGGCAAAUCAUUACCAAGUGCCACGAUGUGGGAACACAACACGGAGAGCAUUCUCCCUCGCCAACUUCCUUCUGCCCCAAACAGACUUGUAUAAAUCCAUGUCUGCAGGGGAUCCUCCGCUGAGAAGGUUCAAAACAAAACAAACAAUCAAAAACUAAACAACAGCAAGAGCAAACAGGAAAAGAGUGGAAUGUUCCUUUCCAUCCGAGAGAGAAAAACUUCCCAGGUACCAAGUCACCACAGAACAAGGAUUCCUUUGCAGGCUGACUGCUCCCGAGACCUCAGUCCUCAACUCUCCUCAGAAAGUCAUAAUCAGUAAAAAUAUUACUCCUGAUCAAGAAUGAGCCAAGUACAAGAUUGAAUAGAAAGUAAAACAUUGCUAAAGCACAGUAUAUUUUAAACAUCCGUAUUCUUUCAUUGUGCCUGUGUGUUGAGACACUAGGAAAAAACAUUUCACAUGGACAUUGGAAAUUACAUUCUUCAUCAUUUUUUUACAGUACAGCUAAUUCCUUACAAAAAAAAUGAACUUAUAACAAUGAGAAGGGCUUAUUUGCAUUUUAUUCAGUUACUGAACUCAUCCAUCUAAUCAGUGAUUGCCAUCCUUUUUGAAAAAGGGGUUUUAUUUUAAUCUUUUCUUGUGGCCAUACUACUAUAAUGUACUUCCUUACCUCUCAGGUUGGGCUUCCGACUGUACAGUCCCCCACUGUUCAGGUUGAGUGACAGUGUUAUUCUAAAAGUAGGUAAGGAAGAGCUUUCACUGGAGUUGUACAGUGUUUGCCAAAGAGCAUUUGUACAUUCCUGGGGGGGGGGGGGAAGGAUGUACAGGAGAUGAUUUUAAAUGAUCUUGUGACUUCGUGAAUUAUUUAUGGAUUGCAUAUAGGAAGUAUGUGCUAAUUUGUCCUGUAUAAUCCUCUUUCUUCCCUCCUGUAAGUACGUGUUGAGACCUCUGGCAGAGGAACCUAAUCUGCCUUUGGAACUGAACUAUUAUCAGUGAGAUUCUUUGCUGAGAAGCAUGAAGAUUUUCCUGCCUUCAUGCUUGUAAACUUCGGGGCAACCCACCCAAAUCCUUCUGCCAACAAGACGAAAAGUGGAUCUUCCAAAACACAUGACCCAGAACACCAGUUUCUUUUACUUGUUUAACUUUUAAACAUU